AUGAAUGAAACGAACGUUGUUAAUGUAGACGUAUUGACGAAACGAUUCGAAUCAUUUCAAAGCUCUAAGAAACCAUUAUUGGAUGAGAAGAGAAGACACGAGAAUAAUGCGAACAAAAGAAAUAUCAAAAGAACUCCUGCCUUCAGACGGGAUGUAAACAUUACGAGAAAGCUAGUUGUGGAUCAUUCACAGGCCGUGAUGGUAACUAACAAUGAGAAACAAUUUAGUAAUAUUAUUAUUUCAAACACUAGUGAGUGUAAUAAAACAACUACACCAACUGAUUCUCAUAGUUAUAAUAAGACUGACAGUUUAAAUCAAAAAUUAUAUCUAGAUACAUUUGCAAAAGAUGAUAAAAAUAAACUAGCAACUGACCAAAAAUCUAUCAUCAACUGUUUGAAAAAAAGACUAGAAACUAACGGCAUUACUGCAGGUUGUAAACCAAAAGUACCAAAAAAAAAUUUUGAACUUCCACAAAAACCUCAUUUACCAAUUGGUCCACCUCCUAAAAAGCCACCAAGAACAUUUGCUCAUGAUAAACAAAUAGAUCUAGAUCUUCCUUAUAAUUGUACAAUGGAAUCUCAUAAAAAUACCAAGUCUGAUCCAAAAGCUAUGUUGGAAAAGCUAGAGAAGUUUAUAACUAAAAAUUCCCAUACAUAUGGACCUAAAGAUGAAAAGACUACUGGAAAAGAUUGUAAUUCAAAUAUCAGUUCUAAGAAAUCUAACUUAUUUAAUUUGGCAAAGUCUUUAAAGUGUCCAGAAAGUGAUAAACCGUUUGGUAAUUCUUUAAAAAUACACCAUACUGAUGAACAGAAUUAUUUAACUCGAAAAUUAUAUAAUGAAUAUGACGUAGAGCAUAUAUAUGACCAACCAAUAUUCCUAAAACCCAACUCAAGGCCAAACAUCGAUACUGCUAAUAAUUGUCAUACGCUUAUAAUUGGUAAUGAUCAGAUUUGUGAUUCCAAUAAAUCUAAUCUGCAUUAUAUGUCCACGCCAAUUAAAGAUUAUAAUUCUGAAGUUAAUUUGAAAGAAUCUGAAUCAUAUUUUCAAAUUGAUACUACUGAUGAAUUGGAUUCAAAAACAAACAAAAAUAUGACUAUGACUCAUGAGAGAAAAAUUCAAAUGUUAAUGAAUGAAGCUUAUGGUACAUUUGUUAAAACUCAAGAGGAAAGUGAUUCUAACUGUGAAGACAGUUCUAGUGGAUCAAUAAAUAAUCUAACGGAUAAAAAUAUUAGUGAACAAACUUUAGAGCGUAAAGGGUAUUUACGUAGAGUGGCUAAAAAAAUUACAACAUCAUCGUGUUCAACUAUUGUUCAUGAUAAAAAUCAUCUAUUUCAGGCACUUUUAUUAAUUGGACUGGAUUUAAGUUCUACCAAAGAAAAAUUACCUUAUAUAAAACAUAAAUAUCCUACACAAGCUAAAAUACCAGAACAAUUUGAAAAUUUAUGUUUUCCUGAUGCACAUGUUUGGCCAUUUACUGCAGAUGAUUGUAGAACAUAUUCAUUAACUGUUACUGAUGAAAAUGGUCGACGUAACUAUGGUUACUGUUAUAGAGUACAGCCUGAAGGUGCUGCCUAUUGUUUACCAUUAGUAUAUUGUAUAUAUUCUUCAAUUAAAGCUAACAGUUUUUACUUUAAGGUAUUACAAGAAAUUGAAUCAAGACAUGGUUUAUCUGAAUUCAAUAUGAAAAUGUUUAUUAAGUUAUUAUAUGACCAGCCAUUUCCAGAACUUGGUUCUUCAAUUUAUUUACCUCUUGAACCUUCAAGUUACAGUACUGAGCUCCCUAACGGAGAAGGAGUACUUCGUAUACCAUUUGAUAUUCUAAAUGAUCAAGAUGAUCUACUAAAACUUUUAAACAUUAUUAAACCAAAUACGUUUAUACAAAUGUUAGCUACAAUGUUGUUAGAAAGAAAAUUGAUACUUCUCAGCAAAUCAAUAAGUUUGUUAUCAAGUAGUAUUGAAGCACUUACAUCUUCUUUAUAUCCUUUUGCUUGGCAACAUACUCUUGUAUCAGUUCUUCCUUCUCAAAUGGUAUCUGUUGCUGAUUUUGUUCAAGCUCCAACACCAUAUAUCAUUGGUCUGUUAAAAACUGAUAAUCAAUCAGAUAUAUUCUCUCAAUUGAGUGAAAAAGAUCAAGUUUUCAUUUUUGAUUUGGAUGCUAACAAAACAUUGCGUAAAGUAAAAGAUGAAUAUAGUGUCCUACCAUCAAGAAUUGCAAAAGGCUUGAAAAAUGUUAUUGGGUUAAAGGUGGAGUUGGAUCAAUCAACUAAAGCAGUUUUAGCAUCAGAGUCUCUUAUACGAUUGUUUGUGGAACUAGUUGGUCAUUAUAAAUCCUUUAUUCUAUCAAAUACAGAAAAUAAAUAUAAUUUUCAGAAACAAUUUUUCAUUGAUGCUGGUAUUAAUACUGCACAUCGGAAUUUUUUGGAAUGGUUUACAGAAACAGCUAUGUUUACCACAUUUCUAAAUAAUAAAAUGCAUAAUAAUAUAGACAAAAAAGACGUAUUUGAGUGCCGAUGUGAUGAAUUUUCUAAUGAGCUCAGUAAAAUUAAACGUAAAUCAAAAACACUACAGUCUAUGAAGGCAAUAGGUGAUCGGAUAAAAGAAUGGGCAGUUUCAUGAAUCCAUUUAAUUAAUUGAUUUAUAAUUUAUAAUGUAUAAUGAUAAAUUUUAAUUUAAUAUAAUUAUAUAUAUUAA